GGUGCUGGAGAAAGGUACUGCUUCUGAACGCCAGCCUCAGACUCGUGAACAUGAGAAGCUGGAGACUCACAGUAACAUUGCUGCUCGUCGCAGCGGUUGCGGCUGAUCCGGCAUCCAAGAAGAAAAGCAGAACGCGAACGAUACCAUUCCGCUACGUGGAUCCGUCCGAAUUGGGUGUGGCUGCACCGAAGAGUUUUAGCUUUCAAGGGGGCGGUCAACGGACUAACUUGCAUGGCAACAUCAGGCGUAGCAGCAGUGCGGCACUGGCAGACCUCCCCAGACAGUUGAAGGCAGGGGGGCUGCCUCUGGAGCAACAUUAUCCCCACGCACCGCUUGGCUUCAGUCAUCCUCAGCCGACUUUCGCCCUCGCUCCACUGGGUCCUGAAAUACCUACAACCAAGCCACAAAAGAUAGCCAACAGAAUUCGAGAAAGACAAGCAAUUCCUUCCUUUGACGGCCAGUUUCAGAAGUCACCUCACAUUACCUAUCUGCCAGAAACAAGCCUUACAUAUAAACCACGAAUACACCAAGACUUUAGUUUCAUGAAGAGUGAUUUGGGCAUACACCAGCAGAUAACGCCUCUAUCGAAGUCCCAUUUACGGUCCUCAGCACUGCCAAUCACAACUUCACAUAAAAUCCUUGAAGGACCAUACCUUAUAGACGGGGAAGAGAACAUUUCAGUACUCCCAUUAACAUCAUCCAUUACACUUUUGAAAGACAAGCAAAAACUUCAUCCUAGCUUGGAGAGUUCGGUUAGGCCAAUUCAAACGAGCCACCAUUUGCUUACCGGCACGACUACAUAUACGCCUCCUGUUUAUUCUCCCUCUGCAGUCAAAGCAGGAGAUCCGUACAAAACGAGUGAGCAGUUCUCCAACGAACUUGAUCCCCUUUAUUCGUUGUUCUUAAAUGACGGCGACGCACACUUCAAGUCAGUUCCUAACCGCGAAUCGAUUUCGCCACAGUUAUUUGAGUCGGCUAAACUGAAGAACGAUAAAAAAAUAGCCGCACAUUUGAACUUCGCGAGAACCAAGGCCGGUAUAGACAAUCAUGGAGGUAUUUUCGGUUCCAAUUUACCUAUUGGUUCUGCCAUAAAACGUCAUAAGCCACGAAGCUCAACCUUGUCUUCAGCUCCGUUGAAUGAACCAUCAUUGACAUUUUUGGAACCAUUCGACCAAUCAUACGUCUUUAACAAUAAGCCAGACGUAACCGAGUCGCUAAAAUCGUUGGACUCGCGGCUUUCUUCUCGCCCUCGAUUUUCAUCACCGAUGCCACCGAUGCCAACAAAUUUUCCUCUUGUUUCUUUAAGGCCGGCACAGAAUGGUAUUCUUGCACACCACAAGACAAACGGACAGUCAGCAUCAUCCAGACCGUACGACUCUUUUUCGUUUACAACACCCUACCCACGCGGGGAAGCUGUAACGACAGAACAAUUUUAUAAUUCACUUCUAACGGCUCAGAAGCAAAUAAAUUCUCUUCUUGACAAGUACACAUCGCAUGGAACUUUCCAGCCUUCUUAUAAACCAAAAUUUUACCAUUCAAAGGAGAAACUUUUAUCGUUGAAACCUCAUAUAAAAGAAACACAAUCAAAACUCCUCUUAAAAACGGACGUGUCCACCGAACUCUAUGGGAAACAUACUUCCAUUCACCACGAUACAUCAGACUUUAAAUCACAAGAUAGUACAAAGUCGCUGCUAAAAGACGAUCAAAUUAAAUCAAGUGAAAUAAAUUUUAUGGGCACCCAUAAGAACGAUGAGCAUACCAACGAUAAUUUCGUCCAAGACCUGCACAAGGUGCAAAUAAAACACGUCAUCCCUUCUGACCAGAAACACGUAUCACAACAAAAGUCAAGAGUUACGUCCGAUGAUCAUUACAUACAUAAAGAGCCACACGGAUCCCAAUAUUCAGAUGAAUAUGAUUCCAAAAUAAAAUCGUAUUCAUAUGAAUUAUAUGACGAUUAUUCAAAAAAACAUAGACUUCCUACGCAUCAUCCUCACAGAAAACAAUAUGACUCACCUAAAGAAAUAAAGUUGUUAAAACCAGUUUACUCUGAUGCAAACAAGAGAGAAGCGCAGCGUGGCGACUACGAAGCUCCGAUUAAGAACCCGUCGGUUGGGAGACACUACAAAAACUCCAACAGGAUUCCUGGGGUAGCAGGGAAGGACUACCCUCUCUACAACGAGAUCCCGCACACAUCGUUCUCCUGCUCUAAGGUACCGCACCGGCCUGGCAUGUACGCUAACAUCGAAGCGCAGUGUCAGGUGUACCAUGUUUGCUAUGACGACCGCUACGGCGACCAGGGCGCUGCGUUCCUCUGCACCAACGGCACGCUUUUCAACCAAGUUACGUUUAGCUGCGACUGGUGGUACAACGUCGACUGUCAAGACUCCAUAGCUUUUUACGAUCUGAAUUUGAACCCGGAAGUAAACCCCUACUACAGAAAAGAGCAUUACUACGUCAAAGAACCGACAGUGUAUGGAAGGUCGGAGCCACAAGCAGACCAUACGAUAGCACCUCUUACUGGGCACAAGCUUGACAAAAUAUCUGAAGAACACAAGUCUAGUCGUCCUCGGUCGGAUGGAAAUGUCCACCAGUCUCAUUUCAGAACACACUCAUCGCCGUCCUUGGAGACAGCACUCAGUCCAAGCUCAGAAAUAUCAAGUCCAUCAAGGUUUUUCCGGCGUAAUGCAAAGAAUCGGAAUUUCUCAAAUGAUCACUCACAGAACAACCAGAGGAGCCUGGAUACGAAUGCAAAAAUAGAUGAAACAUCACCUCAACUACCGGGAGAAGCAUCCAAGAAAUCCUUUGCCACUUCGUAUGCGUCCUUCAAAUCACGUUUUUAAACGAAAAUAUUUGAAAUGAAUGCAUGUGAGUCGGUCAGCGUGAUCACUCGAGUUCGAUAUUUUCACAUGCGUGCUCAACCAUUAGCAGUCGGAUGUUAUGCUAAUUCAGUUCCUUAUACCUAAUGUGUAUAUACUUUUCUGACUUUCUCCUCAGUUCUUAAUUUAACGUAACUUAUUUUUUACAAUAAAACUAUUUUGUACACAGGAUAUCUUUGUCAGUGUCCAGAUAACAUUUCAAUUUGAGUGAUUGGAUAAUUGAUGGUAAUUGGAUAAGAUUGUCCCUCGCUUUCUGAACAAACCAAACGGCUUAGUGAACAAUAUUUUAUCUACCAGUCGGGGGCAAGUAAUAAAACUUCUUUAGAAUAACAAUUAUGAAUUGAGGAAAAACUUUUUUUUGCUGUCACUAGAGGUAUCCUUGACAGAUGAAAAUUAUUAUGAAUAAUAUAUCGUACGUAUCGUGUGAUAGGCUCAAACGAGAUUCAAAAGAAUGAGUGUUAACGUUUCGGAUAACAGAGGAGCUUAGAUAUAUAUACAUUGUAAUGUGAACAGGUAACUUUUCGCAUCCGGGAUUGGUGCAUUCGUUGCUGCGAACAAUUCAGAGCUGCAGGAGGACUUUGAAAGCAGUACUAUCGCAAUCAAAACAUGAUAAGCACUCUCUUUUCAAAGUGCGCUCAGAGGCGACAUGAGAAGCUUUUGAAAAUAUCAAGCAAAUGAGAAAAAAAUUGAACAGUCAAAUCACAGUUCGUGCUAUUAGACGAGUGAGAGAAACAUUCAACGUAUACAUUAUAAAUGAACUAAGAAUUUUCCUGGUACAAUAAGCGAUUUUAUACCUUAUACUGAAACAGUGGUAAUAAGUAAGUCAAAAGUUGAAAUUUCAUAGCAGGAAAUAGAUUGAGAUAUAUUUCAGGAAGCAUACAGAAUGAAGUCAAACAUUGUGAGCUAAUGAAACCACGAAGACGAUAUGGAAUCUACAAUAAUGAGAUUGAUGAUGAGAUUACAUGUGAACAGCUCAAGAAGCUAAAGACCUCUUAACGGAGAAAUGAGAAAACGCGCGCAAUCAAGAACACACAAAAAUCUGCAAAUUUGAGUUGAUCGCAAUACAUUUAAACUUUUCAUGAUUAAAAAGAAGCAAGGAAGCAGUUUGCUGCUCGAAGACAAAAAUUUGUCAAGUAAACAAGGUGAGUGGCCAAAAUAAAGAGUUAAAAGUUUUAGAAAACAAGCACUGCACACAGGUAGCACAGCUAAGGUUAUAUUGAAUAAGCAGGGACGAAGGCUGAAUGCAAGUCACUUGAGAGUAAUUUACGCAGUGAAGAACGUUACG